UACCUGCUACCGCUGGCCAUCGCCCUGGGCGCCCCCCUUGACGCGCGUGACGUCAUCGUAGGCAACCUCAUCCCCACAACCCUGGGCAACUGGGUGGGCGGCGCGGUCUGCGUGGCCACGGUGUACGCCUUUGCGUACGGCGCGCCAAACAAGAAGGUCACGGAAUGGUGGGGCGCCGUGGGGCGCCGCGGCGGGCGGCACGAGCUGCCGGCCGCGCGGGGCGGCGGUGGCGGCGCGGCGCGCUGCCACGCCGUGGUGUAG